CUCUUUUCCAAUUCCAACUCAUUGUUUUGACAGCAAAGUUUAUCCAUUUCAUGUCAAAUAGGGGAUCAGAUAUGCUUCAAAGGCAAUCACCUCGAGUCCCUUCGCAACUCAGAACAUCAAGUUCUGAUUCUGAUCAGAGAAGUCCUAAGUUAGGAGAUCGUAAAUCCCCACGAGGCGCUCAAUCUGAUCCAGUAAAACAAAAGAAACUUGGUACAAGAAUUGCAGAUUUGGAUACUCAACUUGGGCAAGCACAAGAAGAGCUGAAAGAUCUUAAGGAUCAUUUAGCUUCAGUUGAAGCAGCAAAGAAAGCAGUUCAAGAACAGCUUGAGAAAACCAAGAAAUCAACUGUCCAAGAAACUGAGGAAAUCCAAGAAUCUAAGAGCAAAUUGAAAAUCCAAGAAAUUGAUGUUUUUGAAGUCCCAAAUGUUGAAAUUAGCCAGCCCACUAAUGAAAAAAUCACAACUUUAUCAGUUGAUGAACCAGAUAAACCAUCACCUGAGGAGCUGGCUUUGAAGAAUGAAGACAUAAGCUUGUUGAAAGCCAAGUUGGCAGACAAAGAUCAAGAAUUCCAAGCAUUUUUUCAAGAAAAUGAAAACCUGAAGAAGGAACUGAAUGAAACGACUCGUGAAAUUUUCUCCACUAAGGCAAAAACAGAGGAAAUGAAUCUCAAGUUUAACCAAGUUACUCAAGAACUGGAAACAACUAAGAACGAUGCUUCUACGCUAAAUGAGAAACUUGAAGCCACCGAAAAGGCAAAGGAGGAAUUAGAAAGUGAGAUGAAGAAACUCAGAGUCCAAACAGAACAAUGGAAGAAAGCUGCAGAUGCUGCUGCAGCUGUGCUGGCUGGGGAAGUGGAGAUGAAUGAGAGAAGGCUCUCUGAGAGGAGUGGAUCAAUGGAUUAUAAGAGCUACGGUAAUGUAUUUGAACCAACAGUUGGAGGAUAUGGUUGUUACAUGGGUUCACCAGGACUUAUCGAUGACUCUGAUGAUGGUUUUGGUCGUGUGAAGAGAAAGGGUUCUGGUAUUAAGAAGCUUGGAGACCUGUGGAGAAAGAAGGGACAGAAAUAAGCUAUUUCUUAACACUUACAAAGACUUAUGUCAGUAAUGGUUGCUCACCAUUUCAAUUUUCUUGGCUAACUUUUUGAAUCUUUUUCAUGACAUCUAACCAAAUAUAAUAUGCUGCAUUUAGAUUUCUAGGUUAGUUUUUCUUGUAUCCUAGUCUAGCUUGAUGCAAGAGAGCAAAGACCUGUCAUUUAGGAGUAAUUGGAUCCAAAAUCUAAUAUGUUGAUGCUUAGUAGCUUCUGUUGGAAACUAUUCUUGAGGUUCAGCAGUCAUGCCUAUUG